GCUAAGACGAGGGACGGAGAUUGAUGCGCCCUCCUGGUCAUGCGCCAUGCACCUUUCGGAUUUCUCCUUGGUCUUUACCCCUCCCCCUUCUCUCCCUCUAUAGAGCCUGGCGCCAAUUUGGAGACCAGAGAGACGCAGCCCCCUUUUUGUUUCGCGCAUCCCGUUCCGAAGCACGCAUUGGUCCCUUACCACCGCUUACUUAUCAAUUACUGGCCGCUGGCGCUGACAUGGCCGUCGUCCUCCUCUCUUUAGUUUUGAUCCAGUGACAUCUUUCCUUCGCCAUGGAUACAAACAUUCAUCAUCCUGGCCUGCCAGGCGAUGUGACAAUGCGCUCGGCCAGCGCCGAAGGCUUCGCUCUCCAGCAACACAUUUUUUCUCCCCAGCCCGACAAGCAAACAGGCAACGAGCAGCCAGCAUUCCACCCUCACGUUCUUCACCGUCAUCCCGACGACAUUUACAGACGCGAUUCUGCAAAGAUUACUUGGAUGCCCUCCGACGAGGAAGAGGAAGAGGAGGAAGACGACGACGGCGCAAUGGACUGCGACGACGUAGACGUUUCGCUCCGUGACGCGCGAAGUGCACGUCCUAGGCAUGGCUCUUCCCUCUCGAACAGCUCCCUCGACUCUGGGUCGUCUGGCUCGCCUAUCGACAGCCAAUACAUCGAGGAACCUGAACUGUCGCAAUCAUUUGGAUCAACGAAGAGCUUCGACGUCAUGACGCCCAUUCGCAACCAGGCCAUGACUUCUGCUCCAUCCUCGUCUGCCAACGUCCUGACGCCCUCGCCGGUCUCCCGCUUCCAGUCAUCCGACGCCACCGUGCAGGACCGCCUCUCGAAUUUCUCUUUUGGCAGCGUCAGCCCUCGGGUCGGAAGCAGUCAAACCUUGUCGCCAAGCAUGCGCCCUGCGGCCCUUGCUACUUCGCCCCUCGGGAGCGAGCAAAGCACCAGCUACGCCACUGCUGAUAAGCACGCUACCAACGACCACACAGAGGCUGUUAACCACGCAAAGCUGGGCGACGUGCUGGGCUUGAAGCUUACCCCGACCUCUCCGGACCACAGCUGUGUUUCAGGAGCAGACGCGCAAAGCCCAAAGACAAUGACAACCAACAACCGCCAGAACAACAAUACGGCCACAAUUCGCCUUGCCGGCGGCCGGAACCCACCUCCCGGCCUCGCGGGGAGACUCAAGAUCAGCCUGCCUCCCCCCUCGCUGUCAUCUGCAUUCAACAAUCCAAACGCCCCACAGACGCCAGGCGGUCAUAUCGCCAGCGGUGCCAGGGAUGGCGCGGCCCAUGGUGCUACCCCCGUUAGUCCCUUUGAGCCGCCCACGCCUCUCUGCGGCCCCAUGGGCAACAAAAUCUCUCCCUAUUUUCCAUCGUCAUCGACCUCGUCUCAGCCACGUCCGUCGGUGAGGCCUCAGCAAACGCACAGGCAGAGCAUGCCGGUCAUCACACCCAUCCGUGUUCAGCCCUCGACAAGGCGACCACAGCAGAUGCAGCGCAACGGUUCGAUGGGCUUGUCACCGCUAUCAUCGGAGUUUGCCGCUGUCAGCAUGAAGAAGGUCAACAGCACAAAGGGCACUGCCUCGGAGGUCAGCCGCGACGCUAGCAGCCACGUCUCGGACGGUGGCGAGAGCAGCGCAGAGAGCAGCCAAGGCAGUCAGGCAUCUGUCUCGACGACGGCCUCUUCAACUUCGACGCUUCUCACUCCUCCUUACUCGCCAUUUCAACAGUCCAAGCCUCUGUUGCCACCAGAGUAUGACAUGUCCCUGGACCGGCAACAGAGCUGGAACAGCUCCACGAGUAAUGUCAGCGCAACGAGCAGCAACUCCGGCAUGAAAAAGCGCAACACCGGUGGCUCUGAUUCUUCGGUCGGUGCAUCGAGGACAAAGCCCAAGACGACGGCAAAGAUGGCUCCAUACCCAAUCAACCGUGAGAACUCACCUGCCAGGUCGCCACCGCCGUCGCAGCAAUCUGCCCCUCGCCUGGCCCCAACGCCUGUGCAGAAUGCCGCCUCGUCGCUGCUCAAAGACCGCAUCAAGCCUGCUAUCGCAGCUCCACCCAUGGAGAAAUCCAUGUCGGAAUCGGCGGUACCCAAGACAGUCUCUGGUCGCCACUUGGCCAACCGCAGACUACACCCCGUCUUCAGCAGCAACUACACCUUGGGCGAUGAGUUGGGAAGCGGUGGCUUCGGUUUCGUCGUCAGGGCUACGAGGGAUCGUGACGGCAUGCCAGUCGCGGUCAAAUUUAUCUGGAAGAACAAGGUGCCCACCCACGGAUGGGUUCGCGACCAGGAUCUGGGCGUGAUCCCGAUGGAGGCAUUUGUGCUCAAGGCCGUCGACCACCCAUGUGUCGUCAAGUUCGUCGACCUUUUCGACGAUGACGAGUUCUUCUACCUCAUCAUGGAGCACCACGGCUCGCCUUGGAAGGCUGGUGGGCAGCAGCAACCUCAGGACAAGGACGAGGGCGUUGCAGUCGAUAAGUCGGCAAAUCUUCCAUCGUCGCCUCCCGCAGCUCCCUUGAUGCAGCAGUCCAAGUCGCAGCCGUGUGCCGCUAAGCCGCUCGAAUCGCCUAAACUUGCCGUCUUUCCUCCAGAGAGCAACGUGGCGACGCCUGUCUCGAUGGAGGAGAAGCCGGUUCGUCCACCCCAAGCGAUCGCCAUGGAGCGACGAUCGUCGUGCGACCUGUUUGAAUGCAUUGAACAACACUCGCGCCUACCUGAAGACAAGGCUCAGUGGGUCUUUGCGCAAGUCGUCGAGGCCGUCUACCACCUGGAUCGUAAGGGCAUUUAUCACCGUGACAUCAAGGACGAAAACUGUGUCGUCGACAGCGAUUUCAACGUCAAGCUCAUCGACUUUGGCUCGGCCGUUGUUACCGACAUCCGCAAGCCCACGCCAUACUUCAACCGCUUCUUUGGCACAAUGACUUUCGCCAGCUCCGAGAUCCUUCAAGGAAAGCAGUACAGAGCACCUCAUGCAGAGAUGUGGAGCCUGGGCGUCUUGCUCAGCAUCCUCCUCAGCGGCGAGUGCCCCUUCCCCGAUCCGACGUCGGCCAUUCGCGGCAAGCUUCCCACGCCUAAGGGCAACUGGAACCGAGACGCUUUCGCGAUCCUUCAGGCAUGCCUCGACGUUGACCCUGAGAGGCGCGCAACAAUCAAGGAGGUCCGCGAGCACCCGUGGGUGGCACAAGCUUGGAAGAGGCAAGGUGUCUCCCGCCCCAAUUGAUUUUGCAGUCAUUGCCUCGUGCAACGACAAGCAAUCCACCACCAAACAAUCUUUGACUCGGACAAUUGUGUAUAUCCCGGCUCUUUUACGACCAUUAACGAUCACGCCUCGGCCUAAUUUCUCUCGCCCACGGUCAUGACUUCGCCUAACUUAUUAACGACCUGGCGUCCACACCCCCCACACACGAUCCCCUCCUUCUUCUUUGUUCAUAUCUGUAUCCAUAUUGUCAAGUUUCCGCCUUGGCGUCCCAGUCUCCGCAUUCGCAGCAGCAGCAUCAGUCACUCCCUUCCACUUCCGCCGAGACCUGAUAGAGAUGGCAAAAUAGCUGGUUCUGUUCUUGCAUCUCCUCUAAAAACUAUUUCGAUGAGAAUACACCUG